AUGCUUCGUCUUUCAGUCUUUACUGCCGUCGGCAUCCUUGCCGCCCAAAGCGCCGCUGCCAGCGUGAAACGCUUUGACAGACUGGCCCCUCGCCGCUUCGACAGCUCGGUGCCCUUCUACGACCACGACUCUAACACCCCUUCUGACUGCACUGUGUGGUGGAACACAGAUGACGGCCUCAGCUGUGAUACAGUGCUCACCAUCUCCGGCAUUACUAUCGGACAGUUGAGCGCAAUGAACCCUUCCACCAAGUCUUGCAACGACUGGAAGACGGACUACUCCUACUGUGUAAACACUGCUUCCGGUGUCCCCGAUCCGGCUCCGGCCCCGAACCCGGUAACCACUUCUACCCCACCGACAACCACUUCCACCCCGACCAAUCCGGGCAACGGCGUCAUCACUCCCGAGCCAGCCCAGCCGGGCAUGGUCGACAACUGCAACCGCUUCUACCAGGUUCAAAACGGCGACACCUGCAGCACCAUCGCCUCCAAGGCAGGCGUUAGCAUCUCCCAGCUUACGACCUGGAACACGCAGAUCGGCGGCGCCGCUUGCACGGGCUUGUGGGCCGGUUAUAACAUCUGCACUGGCGUCAUCGGCGGUUCUCCUACGCAGCCGGGACCCACCAUCAACCCCACGCCUCAGCCCGUCCAGGACGGCAUGGUCGAUAACUGCAACCGUUUUCACCAAGUUCAGAGUGGUGACACUUGCGCCGUCAUUGCCUCCAAGGCAGGUGUUACAGUAGCUCAGCUUGCCGAAUGGAACAAGGGCAUCGGCGGCACCGCUUGCACGGGCAUGUGGGCUGGAUACUACCUUUGCACUGGUGUCGCGGGUGGUUCUCCCACCCAGCCGGGACCAACCACUAACCCUACACCUCAGCCUAUCCAGGAUGGCAUGGUCAACAACUGCAACCGCUGGCACUUGGUGAAGUCGGGUGACACGUGCGGAACUAUCGCUUCUCAGACCGGCGUCACCGUCUCUCAGCUCGCAGACUGGAACAAGGGUAUCGGCGGCACCGCUUGCACGGGCAUGUGGGCUGGAUACUACCUCUGCACUGGCGUCGCUGGUGGCUCUCCCACCCAGCCGGGACCGACCGCUAACCCUACGCCUCAGCCCGUCCAGGACGGUAUGGUUGGUAACUGCAAGAAGUUCCACUUUGUCUCGCCCGGCCAGAACUGCGAUACCAUCUCUCGUCAGUACGGUAUCUCUGUUGGCGACUUCAUCAGAUGGAACCCUGCUGCUGGCGCGACCUGCACUGGCCUUUGGGCGAACACUUACGCUUGCGUCGGUCUUUGA